UGGAUUGUUCCACGGGUAAAACGUCGUUGCUCAGCUGUGUUUGCACUUGAUAGGCGGCCAGAGAGAAUCUUUAUAUAUAUAACGACUGUAUACGUACUAGACGGGUCCUCGCUGCAAAAGCUACCGGCUGUAUCGGCGUAUCGGGUGUGUCGCGUGUCGAUCUUCGAUCUUUGUUCAUCAUCAAUUAUAGGACUUUCGAUCCUUCGCAGGAUCUCUCCCUGUUGCGAUGAUUCAGCUGUUCCGUCUGACACUAUGUUUGACCAGCUUCUGGCUCGCUUUUGCACAGGACGCACCACCUUACACGAAGAUGAAUUAUGACAGGGCCGCUUGGAAUCGCUACGGGCAAGAGUACCUUGACAAGAUGAUAGAGUUCGAACCCAAUACGAACGUGGCCAAGAAUAUGAUCCUGUUCAUCGGCGAUGGCAUGGGACUGCCAAGCGUGACCGCCGGUCGAAUCUACAAGGGUCAGCGGAAAGGAAAAGCCGGGGAGGAUGAGAAGCUGGAUUGGGAAAACUUCCCCUUCACUGCCUUAUCUAAGACGUAUAAUUGGGAUAGACAAAUAGCGGAUUCUGCUGGGUCGGCCACGGCUUACCUGUCCGGCGUUAAGGCGAACUACUACACGAUCGGAGUCGACGGUUCGGCCGUGCUCAAGCGCUGCGACACCGUCGAACGAUCGAAGGUCGACUCGAUUCUGAAGUGGGCCCAGGACGAGGGCAAGUCGGUGGGUUUCGUGACGACGGCGCGAGCUACGCACGCCAGCCCAGGUCCGCUGUAUGCGCACGCUGCUUACAGGUAUUGGGAGAACGACGCAGAGAUGAUGAAGGGAGUUGACGACGACGCUAGCUCUUGCAAAGACAUCGCCCGUCAACUUGUCGAGGAUGACCCUGGCAGAAAAAUUCAGGUGAUCCUGGCUGGUGGGCGAUCAAACUUCCGAUCACAGUCCAUCGCCGAUGAAGAAUACCCGGAUAAGAGAGGAAAUCGUCUCGACCGACGCAAUCUCAUCGAAGAUUGGCUCUCCCAGAAAGAGGACCUCCCGAGUAGAGCCAAAUACGUGUGGAAUAAAAAAGGCUUGGAUCAAGUUUCUUCUGCCAGCACUGAUUACUUGCUCGGUCUUUUCGAACCAAGUCAUAUGCUUUACGAACUGAACGCGGAUCCACAGCGUGAACCGACUUUAGAGGCGAUGGCGGCAAAAGCGAUCGAAAUUCUGUCCAAGAAUCCGAAAGGCUACUUUCUGUUCGUUGAAAGCAGCAAUCUGGACCUAGCUCAUCACGAGGGCUUUGCUAAGCACGCGCUAAUGGGCGUGCUGGCACUCGACGACGCCGUGACGAGAGCGCGGAAAAUGACAAGCGACAGCGACACCCUCAUCGUCGUCACCGCUGAUCAUUCGCAUGCGUUCGGAUUCUAUGGUUACCCUGAGCGAGGAAGCGAUAUCUUCAAAUUCACGGACAAGGUUUCUGACGUUGAUUUUAUGCCCUACCAAACUAUCAUUUAUUCCAACGGCCCAGGAUGGAAGCACGAUCCUAAUACUAGUUCGGGUAGACCGAAUCUCACGGAAACAGACACAAACGUUCCAAGUGCCUGUGGGCCGAGCCGUAUCUGUUCUUAA